AUGUCGCUUUCUAGGUUUGAUGUGUUAAAAGUAUUGAAGGAUUUUAAUAAUAAAUUUGGAAAGACUCAAAAGCGUGUAGAUGAAGAUAAUCCAUGGAAGAAAAAAAGUAUAUUUUUUGAUCUACCUUAUUGGGAGUAUAAUCUCUUACGUCACAAUUUAGAUGUAAUGCACAUAGAGAAAAAUGUUUAUGAUUCCUUACUUGCCACACUCCUAGAUAUUGAUGGCAAAACAAAAGAUCAUUUGAAAGGCCGUCUUGACCUACAAGAUUUGGGUAUAAGAAAAGAGCUUCAUCCUAGAACUCUAGCACUUGACAAGAUACUUCUACCUCCUGUAUGCUUUUCAAUGACUUCAAAGGAAAAAGGUGUUCUUUGUGAAGUUUUGAAAGGACUGAAAAUUCCAAACAACCAUGCAACUAAUAUCUCAAGGUGUGUCAAUCUCAAAGAACAUAAAGUUUCAGGACUAAAAAGUUAUGACUGUCACUUUCUAAUGCACUAUGUACUUCACAUAGUUGUUCGAAAAGUAUUGCCAAAACAUGUAGUCAAAGUCUUGAUUAGACUAAGUGCCUUUUUUUUAGGAAUAUACACUAAAGUUAUCCAAUUAGAAGAGUUUGAGCGCUUGGAAAAAGAGAUUGCAGUGGUACUUUGUGAACUUGAGAGAAUUUUUCCACCAUCUUUUUUUGACAUCAUGAUCCAUUUGCCCAUUCAUUUGGCACGUGAAGGUAUGCUAGGUGGACCAGUCCAAUAUCGUUGUAUGUACGCUGUAGAGAGUGUUGAAACAAGGUUCAAUAGACCUUAUAGGAAUUAUGAUGAUGCUGGAAUGGACUCACAAAAGUCUGGUUUAUUCCCAAGAAUGGGUCGCUUUUUAGACAGUGGUGAGAUUUCUACAUUAGACUUCAACUCUUGGAUUCAGGCACAUAGAUAUUUUCUUGUUUCCUAUGUUGCAUGUAAAGAGCAUGAAAAACUUAUUAUGCAGUGUUAUGGUUCAAGAAAAUGGAAUAGAGCACGUAGCCAUAGCCUCGAAUUUCAUGAAUGGUUUAAAACUCGGGUUAGAAACCAGCAAGUUUUAGAGGAAAUUAAAUGGUUGUCACGACGUCCUAGUCGUGUGGUUAGAAGGCUUAAAGGUUUCAUUGUUAAUGGCUUUCGAUUUCACACUCAAGAUCGUGAAAAGAAAAUAAAGACUCAAAAUAGUGGGGUGGUUAUUACGGCAUUAACUGAAAGUUAUGCAAGUUCUCAAGAUCAAAAUCCAAUCAAAGGGAAUGUUACAUACUAUGGAGUCUUGAAAGAUAUCAUUGAGUUAGACUACUAUGGGAAUUUUAAUGUUGUGGUAUUUAAAUGUGAUUGGUUUCAAGUGAAGCAAGAUGAAUUUGGAUUUUUACUUGUGAACUUCACGAGGUUAACUUGUCAGAAUGAUCCUUUUGUAUUGGCAUCUCAAGUGCAGCAAGUUUUUUACAUCCAAGAUCCAAUUGAAAAGGAUUGGCAUGUUGUUAUCAAGCUUAGUGGUCCAAGAGACUUAUAUGAUAUGUUUAGAUCAAAUGAAGACAUUGCAUGGCAAAUUGAUAAUGAGCCAAAUGUGUCUUUUUCAGAUCCAAUUAUCAAUGUUAGUGAUGAUAGUGUUAGUUAUUCAAGGGAUGACAUGGAUGGAGUAACAAUCAAUAAAUCAUUAGAUGGUGUUCAAAUAGAGAAAUAA